AUGAUGAUGAUGAUGAUGAUGAUGAUGAUGAUGAUGAUGAUGAUGAUGAUGAUGAUGAUGAUGAUGAUGAUGAUGAUGAUGAUGAUGAUGAUGAUGAUGAUGAUGAUGAUGAUGAUGAUGAUGAUGAUGAUGAUGAUGAUGAUGAUGAUGAUGAUGAUGAUGAUGAUGAUGAUGAUGAUGAUGAUGAUGAUGAUGAUGAUGAUGAUGAUGAUGAUGAUGAUGAUGAUGAUGAUGAUGAUGAUGAUGAUGAUGAUGAUGAUGAUGAUGAUGAUGAUGAUGAUGAUGAUGAUGAUGAUGAUGAUGAUGAUGAUGAUGAUGAUGAUGAUGAUGAUGAUGAUGAUGAUGAUGAUGAUGAUGAUGAUGAUGAUGAUGAUGAUGAUGAUGAUGAUGAUGAUGAUGAUGAUGAUGAUGAUGAUGAUGAUGAUGAAUAAACAAGAGAAUUAA